AUGGAAGAUAGAAGGGACACCCUUAGAAACUGUGCAGGAGAAGUGGCGGCACUGGGGCUCAAGGAUCCUUGGGGCCGCAAUGACGCUUGGAGAUACAUGGGUGGCUUUGCAGACAAUGCCACCUUCGUUGGUGCAGUGCUAAAAGGAUUCAAAUGGGGGUUUGCUGCAUUUGUGGUCGCUGUCGGGGUUGAAUAUUUCCUGGAGUCCCAGAAUAAAGAUAAGAAGCACCACUGA